GGGAGCGCUCCUGAGCACCACGCGCGCUCAGGACAGUUCACAGAUUUGCAAGGAGUCAAUAUCUUCGUUUAUCUGUGCCACCACUAGUGCGAAGUUACCGCAACUGUAGUUGAAAAUCGUUUGCUAAAUGCACUUUAUUUUUAUCAUAGGGGAUUUUAGAAAUUAGCAGAGGACUAUUUUAUUGGUUUCCCUGAAACGUCGCGACACAGGCAAGUGGAAACUCCUUAUACCGAUAAAGUAUGUAUAUUGAAGACGUGUGAACUAUUUUACAUUUAUAUUAUUAUUCAGCUAACAAUUUUAUAAAAGAAACUGGACUGUCGAAAGAUUUGUAGAGGACUCGAUCGAGUAGGCAAUUAUCCGUUAUGGAUGCGUGACGUUGAUCGCAGUGCGGUGAUAUACAAGGAACACUCGGGCAAAGCUGUAGCCUAAAAGCCAAUCUCAGGCUCUUGGAUGUGGUCUGUACAGGGCAGGGGUGAGGACUUGGACCUCAACUAUGAAAUGAAUCAGUCGUCCAACGUCUUCAUUUCCCCCCCCCCAAAGACACAUCUAGUCAUGGGGUGAAGAGGAUGAGGUAGAGACUGCGGGAUAGUCUGUAUGGGAGGGAACAUGGAAUAUUCUCUAUUAUAUAAUCUUUGACAAAAACUGCUUAUUAGUGGGAGACCAUUACAAGCCAUUUUGCCUGACCCCUUUCCCCUUUCCCUUUUUAGCAGGAGAAACAGGCAACGUUUAGUGAUCAUUAAUACUUUAGGAAAUAAUCAAUGUAUUUGCACCACAACACUUGGCUGUUGAGAUCAUAACACAUCUCGACUGAAGUUAACAAGGAGAACACGGGUUUAUGAAAAGUGCCACUGGUGUGUAUUCUCUUUAUUUGACUGAUCUUUUAUUACACAGUAACCCCCUAUGUUUGCCUCUCCAUAAGAGAGAAUAAUAUUGAAUUGUCAAGAUGGCUAAGGUGCAUUUAUUGUUUCAGAUUUCAACUAUACCUCUCUGUCUCUUUUCUCUGCGAUGAUCCAUCUCUCUUUUAUUGUUUGAUUUUGGUUGAUCAUCUGGAAUAAUGACACCUGCCACCCAAAGCCCUGGAUUUCAAUCCUCCAACAUCCUUCAACAUGCUGAAUUUAAAGACACUAAGUAUUCAGCUAACCCCACUCAGUUGUACCCCUUACUUGUUUUUCAACUUUGCACCGUUGUCUUGGUUUAGCAAUCUCUUAUGGACCUAGAACAAUUGCAGCCAACCCCAUCUUGCAUUGUGAUAUUUGAUAUGUAAUAAUUAGAGAAACUAUCGACACACUCUGUUGUGUCCCUUGACCUCUCUGAAUCUCUGAAAGGCUUUUUGCGUAAAGUAGAAAGGGACAAAAACAAUCUUCAAGUUCAUCUUCUUCCAGCCCCCCUGUCCGUCCUCCCCUCUCCCCCCCCACUCAUCAGGGCUGGUGGGGGGGUGGGAUCUGGAGCUCCAGGGUCGUAGCGGCGGAGGUGGUGGUACCCUGGAGCCUCCCUGGAGCAAGGCCUCCCACCAUGGAGACCAGCCCCGAGAGCCCCAACCGUGCCGUGGAGUACCUCUUAGAGCUCAACAACAUCAUCGAGAGCCAGGCCAAGCUCCUGGAGACACAGCGGCGGCGCAUCGAGGAGCUGGAAGGCCAGCUGGACCGAGUCAGCCAGGAGAACCAGGACCUGAGGCUGGAAAGACCCACUCCUCCACGAGCCCCGGAGCUCCCCGAACAGAACCAUACCAACACCAACCACAGAGCAGAGAAGCCCCUCUCCCUGCCCAUCCACCCUGGCAGCAGUAGUGGAGGUAAUGGCAGCACCACCAGCCCUGUCGCCAUCCCGUCCCCCGCGGUGGUGGUGCCCCCUGCAGGGCCGAGCCGGGAGAGACGUACCCACACCAGGCUGACCCGGGGCAUGUCCUGUGGCUCGAACCCAGCCGAGAGGGAGCAGCGGGAGAGACUGGAACACACAGACAGCUCCGAUACCAACAGCUCCACCAUCCGCAGAAAUGUGGAAGCAGAAACCCGAUGUGUGGAACCGCCAGGGCCCCACAUAGACGGCCCUUACAGCCAGACCACAGCGUACCUGCGUGGCACCGAGCGCUACAGUGACAACAGCAGGUGUCCUGGUCCUCCAGGCCCCCGGGGGCUUCCGUGUGUGGCCCCUCCCAGCUCGGCCAGCCUUGCCUGGGCCCUGCGAACACGUCAUCAGCCUGCCAGUCUGGCCCUCCGCAAGCAAGAGGAGGAGGAGAACAAGAGGUGUAAGGCCAGUCUCUCUGACAGCUAUGAGCUCUCCACAGACCUACAGGACAAGAAGGUGGAGAUGUUGGAGAGAAAGUACGGUGGCUCCUUCGUGAGCCGCAGAGCAGCCCGGACCAUCCAGACGGCCUUCCGCCAGUACCGUAUGAACAAGAACUUUGAGCGCCUCCGCAACUCGGCGUCCGAGAGCCGCAUGACGCGACGCAUCAUCCUGUCCAACAUGCGGCUGCAGUACUCAUUUGACGACCGCCAGGCGCAGCAGCAGGGGGCCGGAACACAGACAAACUUCACACACAGUGUGGGUAUCGGUCCUCCUCAUUCACCUGACACAGAGCGGACAGGAGACUACACACACCUAGAAGACUCCUUCUCCAAACAGGUAAAGUCCCUGGCUGACUCCAUAGAUGACGCCCUGACCUGCCGUGGAGGGCGGGAUGACUCCCAAGAGGGUAGCAGGGAGGGCGGAGGCAUCAGUGAUGACUUUGGGGAGUGUGUGUGGAGCAGCAGCAGUAACCCCUCAUCCCGCAGAGGCCUGGGUGAGAGAUCUCGAGGAGGUGGUGGAAGCCUCAGCAUGCAUGGAGACAGCACAGCAACCUCCUACAGUGAUGUCACUCUAUACAUGGAUGACUGCAUGCCCUCCUCGCCCCUGUCUCUGGACCGGGCCCCCAGCAGCACAGACACAGAGUACUGGGGCCCCAGGGGGGGCGUGGGGGGCCGUGAGGACAGCAGGGAUACUGAGGGAGGGGGUAGUAGUAACAGCCGUCGCAGCACCCCCUGCACGGAGUGUCGAGACUACCGUCUAAGGGGCGCCCACCUGCCCCUGCUCACCAUCGAGCCCCCCAGCGACAGCUCCGUGGACACUAGCGACCGUUCAGACCGUGGCUCCCUCAGCAGACAGAUCUAUGAGCAGGAGCCAGCAGGAGGAGCAGGCUCUCCUCAGGGAACCCUGAAACACUCCCCUAACACUCCCCGCCCUGUCUCCACAGCAGCAGCGCAGGGCCAGACCCGCGCCCCUGGCCGGGGCCCCCCCCCUGCCCACUCACAUCCCCCAUCACGUGGCACACCACCAUCACCACCACCCUCACCACCACCAGUACCCAGACACCCCCUCGUCCUCGUCCUCCCCCCAGCAGCCCCCCACCACCCCCCUGUCUCCUCCUCCUCUGCUGCGCUGCCCCCUGGUGGCCUAGAACAGCCCUGUCUGUCUGACGGGGACAACGACUCUCUCAACUCCACCACCAACUCCAACGAGACGGUGAACUGCAGCUCUGGCUCCUCGUCUCAGGACAGCCUGAGGGAGCCCCUACCCCCCCUGGGCAAGCAGACCUACCAGAGGGAGAGUAGACACAGCUGGGACUCACCGCCAUUCAACAACGACGUGGUGCAAAGACGCCAGUACCGCAUCGGACUCAACCUAUUCAACAAGAAGCCAGAGAAAGGGAUCCAGUACCUGAUCGAGAGAGGCUUUGUGUCCGACACUCCGGUUGGGAUCGCUCGCUUCAUCCUGGAGAGGAAGGGCCUGAGCAGACAGAUGAUUGGAGAAUUCCUUGGUAACCGGCAAAAACAGUUCAACAAGGACGUACUGGAUUGUGUGGUGGACGAGAUGGAUUUCUCUGGGAUGGACCUGGACGAUGCUCUGAGGAAGUUCCAGGCCCAGAUCAGAGUUCAAGGAGAAGCCCAGAAAGUAGAGAGGCUCAUAGAGGCUUUCAGUCAGCGGUACUGUGUGUGUAACCCAACGCUGGUCCGCCAGUUCCAGAAUCCAGACACAAUCUUCAUCCUGGCCUUCGCCAUCAUCCUCCUCAACACGGAUAUGUACAGCCCCAACGUUAAGGCAGAGAGGAAGAUGAAGAUAGAGGACUUCAUCAAGAACCUCAGAGGAGUGGACAACGGCCAGGACAUUCCCAGGGAUUUAUUGGUUGGGAUCUACCAGCGCAUCCAGAAGUGGGAGCUAAGGACCAAUGAUGACCACGUGUCCCAAGUGCAGGCAGUGGAGAGAGUCAUAGUAGGCAAAAAGCCUGUGAUGUCUCUGCCACACCGCAGGCUGGUAUGCUGCUGUCAGCUCUAUGAGGUGCCUGACCCCAACCGACCCCAGAGGACAGGAGUUCACCAACGGGAGGUCUUCCUGUUUAAUGACCUGCUGGUGGUAACUAAGAUUUUCCAGAAGAAGAAGACUUCUGUGACGUACAGUUUCAGACAGUCCUUCCCUCUAGUGGAGAUGCAAGUCCACAUGUUCCAGAACUCCUACUACCUCCACGGUAUCCGCCUGACCUCAGCAGUGUUGGGUGGGGACAGUAAGGUCCUUAUCGUGUUCAUGGCGCCCAGUCAGCAGGACCGCACCCGCUUUGUCAGUGACCUGAGAGAGAGUAUAGCUGAGGUGCAGGAGAUGGAGAAGUACAGAGUAGAGUCUGAGUUGGAGAAGCAGAAAGGGGUGAUGAGGACUGGCCUGCUGACCGGCUUGGUUGGAGGCGGAGUGGGGGUGAAGGGUGAGGUGGUGAACGGCACCCUGGGAAGGCCCAGUCUAGAUGACAACUACUCUGCGGGAGAGGGACUGAAACGCUCCGCACUCAGCUCAUCUCUCCGAGAUCUAUCAGACGGAGGGAAACGUGGUCGCAGUAACAGUGUUGGCUCCCUCGACAGUACCAUGGAAGGUUCCAUCAUUAGCAGCCCCCGGCCCCACCAGUGUUACCCGGUUCCGGGCGUGAUCCCAGGCUGCUACCCUACAGAAGACUACCGGCCGCAUCGCCCCAUCCUGAGCCCCGGAACAGGGGUGGGGGGUGGGCCGGGGCAACAACAGACCGCUGCUGGGAUGGGAGUUGGGGGGGUUCCCAGCAGUGUAGAGAGAGCAGGGGUGGGGAGCGGCCCUGGGGGGGGCAAUACGGGCUCCUUCCUGGGCUCUCUAUUCGGCAGCAAACGCGCCAAACCGCCAAGUCCCCUUAUACCACCGGGGCCACCCUACCCCGCCCCUGUCCCCCCACCCACUACGGGAGGGCCCCCUCCUCACUCCCCAUCAUCUCUGUGCCAGUCAGAGGGGGGCCCUUCCAAGAUCCAGGCCCUGCAUGCUCAGUACUGCCACACGGCCGCCGUGCAGCCCCCUCCCCCCUACUACCAUCACCAUCGCUACCACGUCCAAGCUGGCCCUCCUCCCUUGCCAGGAGGGGGCGUGCCCCCUCAUAUCCUUCAGAGAGGGCCGCUCCCCUGUCGCCCUCCUUUUGGCCCCCCUCACGCCCAGCUCCAGCAGCUGGCCCAUCUCUCCCAGUUUUCCCAGCAUGGCAUGCAGGGUCGCUACGGCAACAUAGCUGUGGGCUGUCCUCCCCCCCUUUCUCCUCACUCCCAACAUUCCCAGAACCCCCAGUUCGCCCUGUACCACACGCAGACCCCACAAUCUAUCAGGGGGUGCGCUGUGCCAAGCAAACCUCCUCUGACUUUGUCUCACUCCCACCCGCACCCCCACGCACACUCCCACACCCACCCCGGGCACCCACUCAGUGCCGCGCCACACCCCACCGCCCACCCACAUCAGUCUCACUUCAUUUUUGGCACGCUGCCCCACCAACAUCAGCACCAGCAGCCGCCCGCCUCCGUCAACGCCCAUCACGCUACGUCCGCCGCCCAGUAUCAGCCCCAGUACCCUCCUCUCUCUUCCAUCCCCCUCCCCCCCACUCCCCUUUACCCCCCUUCUAUCCCCCUUACCCCUCUUACGCCUCUCUGCCCUCACCCCCCCCAGCACCCCGGGCAGCCUCAGCAGGGGCCCCAGGUGACGGGGGCUGGGGCGACUGGCACAGGGGUCAGCUCCAAAUCCAAACCUAUCAACCGGAUCAGCACGGUAGUGUGAGGAACAGAACGUGGGGGCACAGAGGGCAGAGGUCAGAGGGCACGAUGGAGGAAGUGGGCAGAGCUAGGGCCAGGGAUAGAGCCAGGGCUAGUAGAGGUGAGCAGGACAGCAGCAGCAGUAACAACAGCGCCAGUGACAAAAAGAAACGCAACUUAUUUCGCCUCUGCUACUUUCAUCUCCGCUUCCCACACAUGUAGACAGAGAGACCAGAAGAGAUAGUUGGAGCUGGAUAGCAUGCAUAUACCUGAACAUACAAACAUACCUUCACACAUACAGUACAGGACACACAAGCACACACAGGCAGAAUCAACACACAUAAAGCAAGAAACGCCCACAUGUAUGCACACAAAUAUGUUUGUAUAUAGUAUAGGCAAAGGCUAGCGCAAUCAUGCAUAUAACACAUACACUCCGUGGUCAGUUUAUUAGGUACACCCAUCUAGUACCGGGUCGGACCCCACUUUGCCUCCAGAACAGCCUGAAUUCUUCAGGGCAUGGAUUCUACAAGGUGUCGGAAAUGUUCCACAGGGAACAUUUGGCAUCACGCAGUUGCUGCAGAUUGGACGGCGGUACAUUGGGUUUGGUCAGCAACAAUGUUCAGAUAUACUGUGGUGUUCAGUCGUUGCUCAGUUAGUAUCAAGGGACCUAACACCACUGCCACCAGCCUGUACCGUUGACACCAGGCAGGAUGGAUCCAUGGGCUCAUGCUGCUUACGCCAAAUCCUGACUCUGCCAUCAACAUGAUUUACAUUUAAGUCAUUUAGCAGACGCUCUUAUCCAGAGCGACUUACAAAUUGGUGCAAUCACCUUAUAAUAUCCAGUGGAACAACCACUUUACAAUAGUGCAUCUAAAUCUUUUAAGGGGGGGGGGGUUAGAAGGAUUACUUUAUCCUAUCCUAGGUAUGAUGCAACAGGAAUUGGGAUUCGUCGGACCAGGCAAUGUUUUUCCACUCCUCAAUUGUCCAGUGUUGGUGAUCGCGUUCUCACUGGAGCCACUUCUUGUUGUUUUUAGCUGAUAGGAGUGGAACCUGGUGUGGUUGUCUGCUGCAGUAGCCCAUCCGUGACAGAGUUGUGCAUUCCGAGAUGCCGUUCUACACACCACUAUUGUACAGCGCCGUUAUUUGUCUGUCUGUUAGCUUGCCAUUCUCCUUCGACCUCUCUCAUCAACUAGUUUUCGCCCAGAGGACUGCCGCUAACUGGAUGUUUUUGCACCAUUCUCUGUAAACCCUAGACACUUUAGUGCAUGAAAAGCCCACGAGGGCAGCCGUUUCUGAGAUACUGGGUCCGACGUGCCGAUCAUACCAUGCUCAAAGUCACUUAGAUCACUCGUUUUGCCCAUUCUGUUCAAUCGAACAGUAACCAAAUGCCUCGAUGCCUGUCUGCCUACUUUAUAGAGCAAACCACAGCCACGUGACUCACUCUCUGUAGAAACGAUCAAUUUUUGUGAACGGGUGGUGUACCUAAUAAACUGGCCCGUGAGUGUAUACUGCAGUUGUAUAGAGUUUGCGUUGCAGUUUCUCAGGUGUAUUCUAUAAGCUCUCAGCACACACUUAUAAGGGAAAGUCACAGGUAGGAGCAAUGAGGUAGAUUUCUGAAGUUGGCAGCAGGCAGGAAAAAGUAUCACACACACACAAUUAAUCAUUUCUAUAGCCAUAGAACGGAUGCUAGUAGUAAAUGUACAGUAGAGGGCCUGUAAACCAGUGUUUCACUGUCUGAACUAUUAUUGGAAACUCUGGACACUGCCAAGACAUGAGCUUGAAACUGUUUUAAACACAGGUACCAACAUGUAAUUGUGCAACGUUAUUAAUUGGACAAAUCUAGUCUCUCGUAAUGAAGGAAGCAACCAAGAUUUGGUUCUCUGUCGUCGAGAUUAGGAUAAUGCUGACCAAUAGAAAGACCAACCCCACCCACCUGGAGCUGAAAAAGUCUUCAACACUAAAUACAUUCCAGCAGGGUUGUGCAUUGUAAACAGCCAUUGAGGAUAGUUGCAAAAAAUGUCCCUUGACUUUGCAAUAAUUUAUUCAGCUUAAUGUCUUUGUUAAUUUCCAUGGCAGGUCUUCAUCACUGAAAGGUAUCCUUUUUGAAUGUAGACCUCAGAGAAAUGUUGCUUUGUCUUAAACUUUUAUGACUAUUGCACGGUUCAAUAGCAGUCUUAUGCUCUAUGGUCUUCUACAUGUUAAGAGAAGUCAUCUGAUUUCAUAAGAUUUACAUGCAUUCCCUAUGGGGUGUGUGGAUUAAUGAUACUACAAAUCAUAUUUUUGAAUGUUUUUAAGCUUUUUUUGCUGUUGAAUAAAUGUUACAUAUAUACUUGCUAUGAGUAUGAUGAAUAUUGUCUAAUAACAUAACUGUUUUGAUCCAGUGAUUAAUUAUAUAUAAAUAAUUGAUUGAUUGAUUGAUUAGAUGUUUGAUUAUAAAUGAUUAUACAGAGGAUAUAUACACAUGUAUUAAUUCCCUCAUACUUUUGAUAUGUAACGAGGGUGUUAUAAAGUGUGAUUUCUUUUUGUUCUCUAUGAUGAUUGCCAUCGAUAACUUCUAUUAUCAGUUAUUAUUAUUGAUUGUUGAAAAUAUUAGUUCAUAUUUAUAACUUUUUGUUAUAAUAUAGUUGUGUACCCUCUCUAUCUCCCUCCCUUUUUUCUGAACUUGCAGUGGCACAGUGUCUAAAAAUGGGGUCAUUGGAGUCUAAAUUCACCUUAACAGAUAGGGGACCAUUUUAAAUUAUGUUUAUGUAGUCUUAUGUGUUUUGAAUCAACUCUUUCCAGACCCCUUCGAAAUAUCCUCUUAAGGGCUUUGACCUUUGAGCUGGUCAUAUACAAUGACCCUAAUUUAAUUGGUGACCCUGCCGUUUGUGUUCUCUCUAUUAUCAGGAGACUCGCUUACAAGCAUCAGGUCUUGUUGAGUUUCUCACAUGGCGUGUGUUUGGACAGUUUAUGUCUUUGAACAAGCACGCUUUGUAAUGCAGUUUUGUGAUUUUGCACACGUGGUGUCUUAAAGUCAGAAAUUGCAUUCUUUUAAAAACGCUCCUCCCAUACCCCCUUGCCAGUCCUCAGAGAACUCACCACCACCCAAAUACCCUUCACCCCAGCAACCUUACUGAAUGUGCUUGUCAUUAGAUCAAACAAGUUUGCUCAUCUUCUCCUCUAUCAUCUCUGUCGACCCACUUUUUAACCUCCUCUCUCUGUCCUUCUAUUGCACUGUGUUAGAACAAUGCUAGGUUGAAGAAGGGACAAAGGAAGGGACAAAAGGAAAUAAUUAAAUUUUAGGAUGUAAGAUGUAGUUAGAAAUGUUAGACAAUACUUGUUAAAACUAAGAGACAGAUUAACUUUAAAAUCCAGAAUAAGAGUAUGUGUAGUCAGGGAAAAAUAAGAGGUUUUAGGGGUGGUUAAUGUUGAAGCUUUGUGUUGGCUACUUCCUGUCUAAUUUCCUCUGUAUUGUACCUUUGUGACCCCUCUUGCAUGAAUAUAUCUGCACUUAUUGAAUGGAUUGUACUGUAUAAAUAUGAAUGUACAUAUUAUAUUACAAAUACUUAAUAACUUUGGAAAUAAAUAUUUCCAUUUUGUUAUUAAGGUGUGUGCCUGUGCGCGUGUGAGCGUGCAUGCCUGCGUGUGUGAGAAAGAAAGAGGAGCAGGGGGACUUUGGUCCGAUUUAAUUAUUUUUAUUUUAGACUGAAGGUUAGAUAAUAAAUUAGAGUACUGAAAUGUUUGUAUGUCAGAGCACUAAUUGAUAUUAUUUUAAACAUACAACAAGUAUGAUCCUAAGAAUUUAAUUUGUGUAUGUAGUAAGUGUAAACUGAAAGAAUAGAGAAUUGAGAUGUGAAUAUUUAUUGCUUCUGACAUAUUAAAAAGUGUCCUUGCAGUGA